AUGGUGGCAGUGUACCUCCAAGGGCUGCCGGAAGAGGGGUGGCACUACCAUCAGUUGCGUCGGCCCCCCAUGGAAGGGGGGCACCACCAGCUGUGUCGGCCCUCCAUGACCCCGUGCCCGAGCAGGGGGCUGCCCCAGAACCGUCCCCAGCAGACCCGCAAAAAGCUCCAAGUCAUCAUCUGCAUCCUGCUGGUGGAGCUGUUUGAGAGGUUCACCUUCUUUGGGAUUGUGUGUAACAUGAUCCUGUUCUGUACGGUGAAGCUGGGCUAUGAUCACUACCAGGCUGCUACCGUUAACCUGUGCUUUGUGGGGGCCAGUACACUCACUCCUGUGAUGGUGGGAUGGUUUGCUGAUACCUGCCUUGGGAGAACCAAGGUGCUCUACUUGUGUACUCUGCUCCAUCUCUUUGGCACAGCCAUGCUCCCAGUGGUGGCGUUCCCGUUCGAGGACUUCUACAUCGACACGCACAACAUGAUUCACCAGAUGGAGCACCGGGAACAGCACAUCCUGUUCUACACUGGCCUGCUUGCAGCUGCCCUGGGCAUCGGGGGCAUCCGUGCCAUCCUCUGUCCCAUGGGGCCAUACAAACUACAGGGCUACGACCAGCACCAGCUACUCUCCUUCUUCAACUGGUUCUACUGGCUGGUGAACCUGAACUCGACGAUAGUGUUUCUGGGAAUCGCCUACAUCCAGCAGUCAGUGGCCAACAACCUGGGCUUCCUCAUCCCCUUCAUGUCUGUGCUGCUGAUGCUCAUCGCCAUACACAUGGUCCGCAACAACCUUAUCUUCAGGCCCAAGAAAGGCAGUUCCCUGCUGACCACUCUGGGGGUGUUCCUGAACUCUCUGAAGAUGUGCUGCCUGCACUACCGCCACCUGAGUGGAGACGUAGCCAGCUGGCUGGACCGCGCCAAGGAGAACAACGGGGGGCGCUACAGUGAGACACACGUGGAGAAUGUCAAGGUCCUGGCAAGGCUCUUCCCCCUGUACGGCUUGCAGCUACUGUACCGCGCCUGCCUCACUCAGAUUCCAUCAGGCUACUACAUUCAGACCAUGAACUCUAACCUGCACCUGAACAGCUUCCUCCUGCCCAUCGGUGCCAUGAACCUCAUCAGCAUCCUACCUCUGCUGCUGCUGGCCCCUCUCAUGGAGUGCAUCACCUCCUGCUACCUGUCCAUGGAGAAAACACCCUUCUCCCCUGCCAGAGUCAUCACGCUUGGUCAUGCGUGUGCGUCCCUGUCUGUCCUGGUAGCGGGCCUGUUUGAGGUCCACAGGAAGGGCUAUCCUCUGACGGAGCAGGCCCUGUCAGGGAAGGUGCUACAGGUGUCCUCCAUGGCCUGCAUCCAGCUGGCUCCCCAGUACAUUCUACUGGGUCUGGCUGAGGCCCUCGUCACCCCCUCCUGCUCUGUGAUCUCCUUCCACCUGACACCCAGUCAUAUCAGAGGCAUCUCCCUGCACUUCCUCACCCUGUCCUACGGAGGGGGCUGUUUCCUGGGAGCACUCAUCAUUCAGCUGGUCUACCUACUCUCUGGAGGUAACUGGUACCCAAACACACUGCAUGAAGGGAAUCUGGAGCAUUUUUUCUUCUUCUUAGCCAUGUUGAUGACCAUAAACACUCUGGUGUUCUGGUGGAUAUCUUACAGGUACCUAGAUCUGAGUGUGGUGCAGAGUAGAGGAGUAGGAAGCAGCCUUCUGACAGAGAAGCUCCUGCAGUACAAGACCUGCCUGCGAUUCUACCACACCAUGGAACGCUCCUCCACAGCAGUCUCCAUAGAAACAGUGUUGUGACCUCUACACUACCUUCGUCCCCUGUAGCGCUGGAGUUCCACUUGGUUUAUUUAUGUACACUACAUGACCAAAAGCUACUA